UAAAAAUAUAGCUGCGUGUACUUUCGUACAAGAGACUGUGCAUACUAUUCGUAUUGUAUACAUACAUACGCUGGCCAUUGGAUAAGAGGUAGUGCUUCGCUAGGUUGUAUCGGAUUGAGCACAUAAAUAAAUAUUUGUUAUAUAACAUCUGAGCAACAUACAACGGCUUCGGUAUGCUUAGAUACGCAAUCAGAGCUCCAGCUCUAAGGUUAGCCUUCAAGGCCCAGGCACUGCCCGCGUCCCGUCUCGCGGCCAACAAAGUUCGGUACUCAAGUGCGGCUGCCACUGACCAUGUGGAGACAGACACGCCUGCUAUCCGAGUCAGAAAACAGCUCGCACAGAAGCGCAAGGAGGCGUUAUUAGGCGGUGGACAAAAGCGCAUAGACACGCAGCAUAGCAAGGGCAAGCUCACCGCUCGCGAACGAUUGGAUGUGUUGUUGGACACUGGCAGUUUCCAGGAGACUGACAUGCUCAUGGAACACACGUGCACGGACUUUGGCAUGGAGAAGCAGAAGCCUGUGGGUGAUGGAGUUGUGACGGGCCGAGGCAUGAUCAACGGACGUCUGGUGUAUGUGUUCUCACAGGACUUCACAGUGUUCGGUGGUUCGCUCUCCGCGGCACACGCCAAGAAGAUCUGCAAGGUUAUGGAUUUGGCUAUCGAGAUCGGCGCGCCUGUUAUUGGUCUCAACGAUUCCGGAGGUGCGCGUAUUCAAGAAGGUGUAGACUCGCUCGCGGGUUACGCAGACAUCUUCCUGCGCAAUACCUUGGCCAGUGGUGUGGUGCCGCAGAUCAGCGCCAUCAUGGGACCCUGUGCGGGGGGUGCUGUGUAUUCGCCCGCUAUCACAGACUUCACGUUCAUGGUCGAGAACACUUCGUAUAUGUUUGUCACCGGCCCUGAUGUGGUCAAGCAGGUUACCAACGAAGAUAUCACACAACAGGAAUUGGGAGGUGCCAAGGUGCACACGCGCAAGUCAGGAGUUGUGCACAACGCCUUCAGGAACGAUAUUGACGCGCUUCUAAAGAUUCGCGAAAUGGUGAGCUACCUACCUCUAAGCAACAAGGACAAGGCUCCCGUCAUGCGCACUGAUGAUAGCCCCAACAGAAUGGUGCCUGCGUUGAAGACUAUUGUACCACAGAACCCGCAGCUCGCUUACGAUAUGAAGUCUGUGGUUAAGAAGGUCAUGGACGAUGGUAAGUUCUUUGAGAUCCAGGAAGACUUCGCAAAGAAUAUUGUGGUUGGUUUCUCCCGCUUGGAGGGUCGUACGGUUGGUGUGGUUGGUAACAACCCCGUAUCCGCCUCUGGAUGUUUGGACAUUGAUGCCAGUGUUAAGGCCGCCCGUUUCGUACGCUUCUGUGACUCGUUCAACAUCCCUUUGGUGACCUUUGUCGACGUGCCCGGCUUCUUGCCCGGUACAAAGCAAGAGUACGGUGGUAUCAUCCGUCAUGGUGCCAAGCUGUUGUACGCAUACGCUGAAGCUACUGUCCCCAAGCUCACGGUCAUCACGCGCAAGGCUUAUGGAGGCGCUUACGAUGUCAUGAGCUCUAAGCACUUGCGUGGAGACAUCAACUACGCUUGGCCCAAUGCCGAGAUUGCAGUCAUGGGAGCUAAGGGAGCCGUGGCUAUUGUCAACAGAGGUGAGGAUCUUGUGGAAGCACAGAAGCACUACGAGGCUAAAUUCAGCAACCCGUUCACGGCUGCGUCUAAGGGCUUCAUCGAUGAUGUCAUCGACCCUGCCACCACACGCAUGCGCCUGUGUGCAGACUUAAAUGUACUGGCCAAUAAGAAGCAAUCCAGCCCCUGGAAGAAGCACGGAAACAUCCCACUCUAAAUAAAGAACUGCUCUAGAAAGUAAACGUCAUGUAUUCUGGACAUCGGACAAUAAAAUUAUAUAUGUGUAGAAAUAGCCUCAAAUACUCUAAUCGCGGGUGUGGUCUUAUGUUUUAACAUUUGCAUGCGCGUCAAUAAAUCUAUAUAUUUUUAUAAUAUCAAUGGGUGGAAGUGAACCGCAUCGCCAGAAAUUACUAACGU